AUGCCCGGUAUCAAGUCUCCUCUGGCGCUCCUCGCUCUGCUUGGAGCACAGCAAGUGUUGUCGGCUGAUGUUUCAUGGCAUGCUCCUAAUGCUACUGCAAUCAAUAACCUCGACAAGGUCUUGAGCAGCGAUGGCGUUUAUGGCUUCAUCUUUGACUCCUCUCAGACGCCAGACAAGGAUUAUGGCAAGUACAACUGGUGUAAUAUGCCACACGUACGCCCUAGGGAAUAUCCAAAAGCUCCAAAGGGCUAUAAACUGCAAUAUGUGGAAGUAAUACAUCGACACCACAAACGUACGCCUUACCAGUCCAACACCUUUCCACAGGAAUCAUAUCCAUGGAACUGUGACGACGAAGGCCUCUUUUAUUAUGGAGAACCAAAGCCUGGCCGAGACAGCGCCAAAACCUACUGGAAGGGCUAUCAAAACCCGAUAAACCCAUUCCAGCCCUCAGGUUUCAAAGGCACUUGUAGCUUUCCCCAAAUCUCAAAGGAAGGUCUUGACGACUCGUGGCAGCAUGGCCGUGAUCUUUAUGCUGUUUAUCAUAAACUUCUGCAUUUCCUUCCAUUAUGGCUGGACCAGGAAAGAGUUUCAUUCAGGGUGACCAACAAUGUGAUCACGAGCCAGGUUGCUGGAAUGCUCAUCAAUGGGAUGUAUGGUGUUAGCGGAGACGCCCCUCUUAAUGUUGAGUCUCCGCAAACUGACUCGCUUGAGCCUAAAUAUUCAUGCCCAAAAUCCAGUGCUCUCUUCUCAAGCGCAAAGGAUGAACCAAAUACGCCUUGGGCUGAUCAUUUGACCCGCACAAAGGAAUUUGUAGCAGAACUAGAUGCCAUCUCCGGUGUAUCUCCAUCUGAUUCGGGCUGGCACUCGAAUUUCGACCACUAUUUCGAUAAUCUUUCGGCUCGUCUUUGUCACGCAAAACCUCUCCCAUGCAACAUCAAGGAUCCAUCCAAAUGUAUCACCCGAGCACAAGCGGACAAGGUCUUCCGACUAGGUCAAUUCGAGUACUCAUACAUGUAUCGCGAUGCCAAAAGCUCUCUUCCAGCUAGCACGGCCAGCUUGGGUGUCUGGAUUGCGGAACUAGCCCAGCACCUCCGCGAUCAAAUAGCUGGCAAGGACGGGAAGAUGUUGUAUAGACAUAACGUCGCCCAUGACGGAAGCGUCUCCAGGCUACUAUCAAUUCUGCAAUUGGAUGUUAUGGUUUGGCCUGGUAUGGGCUCCGAGGUCGUGUUUGAGCUCUACUCCAAGAAUAAAGAUGCAUCAAACCGCGAGAAGGAGUACUACGUGCGUGUUUUGUUCAGUGGGCAGAUCAUGCGCAGCUCUAACCCAGCCCUUGGCCUAUUGGAUAUGGUUCCCGCCUCAACCUUGUUGGCUUACUUUGAUGGCCUUGUGGGUGAGAAGGCGAAACUAGUGCCCGGGCUAUGCGAGAAUUAG